AUGUUCAACAGUCAGCUGAUAGCUACUACAAUGCACCGCAGGCUGACAGUCGCCACCGCAACUCAUGUGCAGCCAGCGACCCACUAUGGUCCACCUCAGUUGCAGUUGCAACCACAGCAGAAGCAACCACAUAACAGCAAUCCACAGCCUUAUGCCAUUGUCACAUUGCCAACUGGACAACGUGUACAGGAUGCAGGUCAUGGCUCUGGGCCGUCGCCAAUGGCCAGUGGGAAUUUCAAUCAACCACCUCGUUUGGGUGACUAUAGCGCCCAAUCGCAAAGUGCCACAUUGGACACGUACAACUACAAGCAAUCGUUGCCCGGCGAUGCAAGAAGCUAUCAACGCUUUGUAACCAAAUGUCAGCCGAAUGGACAAUGUCAACAGCUAACUCUCAAUCCCGGACAGAUUGAUGGCGAUCAUCAGCAACUGUUGCAAGCGGCACGUGCGCAAACGCAGCCUGCGGCAAGUGGUUGCAAGAAGAAUAGUGUGUAUGUGCCACCAGGUGCACAACAGAAUGAUAAGGGACAACUGCGACCACGUGGCAGACGCACUUAUCCUCAUGUCCAAGAACAGCUGGUCAAGUAUCCCUAUAAUUAA